AGUGUCUAUUUACCGGUCUUCUCGCCAUAUGUUGGCGCUUCGCUAUGAGUGAUAUUGACCGUGACAUAGAACAGCUUCGACGUGGUGAGUAUUUGAGCGAGUUAGAAGUACGUCUACUAUGCGAGAAAGCAAAGGAAGUCUUGCUGCAAGAUUCUAAUAUCCAGCGUGUCGAUGCACCAGUUACGGUCUGUGGAGAUAUUCAUGGCCAGUUUUACGAUUUCAAGGAGCUUUUGGCAGUUGGAGAUGAUAUUCCUAAAACUAAUUACCUGUUCCUCGGUGACUUCGUUGACCGGGGAUAUUACUCAGUAGAGACAUUUCUGCUAUUACUAUGUUUCAAAGUUAGGUACCCAGAUCGCAUAACACUUAUUAGGGGUAACCAUGAAUCGCGCAAUAUUACCCAGGUUUAUGGCUUCUAUGACGAAUGUAUCAGGAAAUAUGGAAGUGUGAAUGUCUGGAGCUAUUGCACUGAAAUAUUUGAUUAUUUUGCUAUCGGUGCUCUUAUUGAAGGGCGUUUCUUUUGUGUUCAUGGAGGGUUAUCACCUUCGAUAUCAUCCCUUGAUGAAAUACGCUAUUUAGAUAGAAAGCAGGAGGUACCUCAUGAAGGUCCCAUGUGUGACCUCAUGUGGAGUGACCCAGAGGCCAUGGAUGGCUGGGGAGCUAGUCCUAGAGGUGCCGGUUUCCUAUUUGGAGGGGAUGUAGUACGUCAGUUCUGCCACCAAAAUAAGGUUGACACCAUUGCCAGGGCACACCAGCUGGUGAUGGAAGGCUACAAGUGGUGGUUCAACAAAUCCCUGGUAACAGUGUGGUCAGCACCGAACUACUGCUACAGGUGUGGCAACAUCGCGAGUAUAAUGGAGUUGGAUGAGAAUUUGAAUCCUACAUUUAAAAAGUUUGAUGCUGUAGCGCCGAAUAAGCGGGCAGUUCCAGCCAAGAAGCCAUUCCCGGAGUACUUCUUGUAGUUUGUCUAGAUUGGGUUAUAUUGGAAAGAACUGUUAACCUCUACACUGUUCCUGGCGCCUCCAAAUAGUAAUCGCAUUAUUAAUGACACCAACUUUAGAUAUGGAACAACUAGUUGUCCAAUAUA